GGGACUUUUACGGGAGCGGAAGCCGGAAGUCGAGUCCAGCAGCAGCCGCGGUCUGGAUGCUAGCGAACGGACUGAAAUGGGUUUUUGAACGCGAACGGAACAUCAUGAGCUCGUAUUUAAUGCUGUUUCUGCUGCUGCUGGACAUUUACUCCCAGUGUGUGAUCGCGUAUCUGAGCUCUCCUCAUGUGGGUCAGGAGCCUCCGUACACCGCUCAGCAGAGUCCAGUGAUGAGCAGCCCGGUGGCCCUGACCGCCUCCUCCGCUGCCCCGGUGGUGACCGAUAGCUACCUGUCCAGGUGUCCCAGCGGCGGUCAGUGCUCCAGGCUCCCGGCCGACUGCAUCAUCUGUGCGUUUCAUCACAACUGCAGCUACGGCCGUCCGGCUAACUUCACCUGCAGAGCCCGAGCCGGCGUCCACUGUGUGGUGAGACUCUCAGAACCGCGCUGGACAAACUUCACUCUGUCUCUGGACUGCCGCUUCUGUUGGCAGCUGGAUCCGUCUCAGUACCGCUGCUCAAACUCCACCAGCUGCAUGACGGUGUCCUGUCCUCGCAGACGCUAUAACGCUAGCUGUGAAGCUCUGGAGCAUGUGCACUGCCACGGGAAGCGGGUGUUUCAGAAGCGUCUCUUCUGUAACUGGACAGGAGGAUAUAAAUGGUCCACGGCUCUGGCUCUCAGCAUCACUCUGGGCGGCUUCGGGGCGGACCGCUUCUAUCUGGGCCAGUGGAGGGAGGGUCUGGGGAAGCUCUUCAGCUUCGGGGGUCUGGGCAUCUGGACGCUGAUCGACGUGCUGCUGAUCGCUGUGGGAUACGUGGGGCCGGCCGACGGCUCUCUCUACAUCUGAGGCUUCGGGUGGCGUGACUGUGACUCCUCCAUCCCAGAUUUCCUUCCCGAUUCGCACAUGUCACGUCCAAACUCCCACUGCGGCAGAUUCCCAUCUGCUCCCGAAGCAGUCUGACAAACGCUCGAGGAACAAGACGCUUCACGGUUUGGAGGCUAAAACAUGUAUAAUAUGUAUCUAAACUCAUCUGUGUGUGUAAUAUCCCUGCGGUGUGUGUGUAUAUAUCUGAUUAAAUCUCCGUCAGGAGGAUGAUGAUGAUGAUGA